AUGGAAGUGUGUAUUGAUGAUGACUCUCCCUUGUUUCUUGGUGAGUAUAUUCGAUCAAAUCCGUCGUCUGCAAUAAGUGCACGAUGGGUAUUUGAACUUCCCGAUGAAGAACAAGGAGAUUGUAUAGCAAAAAUGGUUGAAAACGCAGCGUAUCAGGAAACCUGGCUAUCGUAUUUUGAAUAUGCAGCAAAAAAAGAAAUUCCAGUAACUGAGGAUAUAGCGUUAGAAGCCAUUCAUGCAGUUGGUCUUGAUCCUUGUAGUGCGCCUUUAUGGUUAAAAGUGGUUGAACUAUGUUCGAGUGAGGAAAAAAAAAGGGAACUAUUUCAACUGGCGCUACGGGUGCCCUUGUAUCAACAAGGUCUGGUCUAUCAGACAUAUAAAAUGUUUGAGUCAGAAGUGGCCAAGCAAAAUGGACACAACAUGUCUAGCUGUCUGUCACUAUCUGAAGUUAUGCAAUAUUCCAAGAUCUUGGAGACAGAGCCUAGUUGGCCUGAUCGUUUUGUGGAUGUGCAGACCACCAAAAGCGAUCGUAGAGACGCAGUCAUUGCCCAAUGGAAUAGUUUAUUGCAGUUUAUGAUUGAAAAACAUGAAGAGUUUCACCUACCUAAAGAACUUCAGUUGAGGCGGAUUGAGCUUGCAUUUCGUCAACUAUGUAGUCAGUUUUCUCAUGCAGAUGUGUGUUGGUAUGCGUAUGCAUGUUUUAUGGCUGUGGAAUUGAAGGAUGAUAUACAGGCUCGGGAAAUUGUUGAAAAGGGGCUUUGUUGUAUUGGUGACAAUUCUAUUGCUCUUUGCUCCUUAAAGGCGUUAUUGUCCAACUCUGAGCUUGAAUCCGAGAAUACAUUAAAAGACCUGUUGAAGGAGGGAAUACUUGUACAAAGAUUGUAUGCAAAUACAGCUAAUGAAUCCUUGAAAAAUAGAAAAAGGUUUCGAGAUAUUGGUAAAACUGCAGUUGCAAACCGUAUUAGCGAUUGGAUAUUUUAUCAUCAGUGGGCUUCCGCAGAGCAGUGUGUUUUGAAAGAUGUGCAGAUGGCUUCAAAGGUGUAUGAGAGAGGUAUACCUUGCGCUGCAAAAUCUUUGAAAGAUGUUGUAUUGCUGUCAAAUGAGGCGGUUACGCAUCAUCUUUGGCGACGGGAUGAACGCGGAGUUCUUGGAUAUGCAGAGCGCCAAAUUGAGUUGCUCUCCUCUUCGCAGCAUGAGGGAUUGAUACGGGCUAGUUGGAAUCAACUUGUUCGUGCUGAGUCCAUUUUGGGCUUGCCUUCGCUACCAAAAACACUCCGAAGGCGCGCAGAGCAUUGUGUGGAUGUUGCAAGUAAAUCAGUUAUUGAGCGUUACCAUGUAGGUAAUUAUAUCCCUUGUUCUGAUGAGGAUCUUGAUUGGCUUGAAUACAUAAAUGACCUCUUCAAGGCUCGCAAGGAGGAACAAGAACCUGUUUUUGAGGGGGUAACACCGUUGAAGCAUAUGACAAUCGCUACAGAUUUGAUGACUCGUUCUAGUCCUGUUUUACCAGAUACAUAUUUAUGGAAUACGUUUGAGAUGUGCCCCAACCGUGAAAAUUCUUCAGCAGCAGAGGACGCCGAUGAAAUUGUUGGGUCCCGAACACUACGAGGGAGACUUGUGUACAAGCUAAAAAUUGAUGAUAGGACAGAGGCCCGACUAAAGCGCGAGGCGCAGUUUCGCCAAGAAAAGAAAGUUAAAGAUAUGGGUAGCAAGGCACUCAAGGGUCCACAUUCUGCUCUUCAGGCGUUGGUUGAAAGACUAGAAGCCAAAAACUGGAAUUCAACUCAACUAAGGAUGUGCCUUGUUCUUAAUGCUGAGUGGCUUAUGAACACACUCACUCAUGGGGAAUUGGAUCUGCGCAGACGGCGUUCUUAA